AUGGGAGGUAUUGGCAAGACAACUAUUGCUCGUCAAGUAUUGAAUCGAAUUAUGGAUAAAUUUGAUGGGCACUAUUUUGUUGAUAAUGUCAGAGAGGAGAUGAGAAAACAAACACCUGCUGUUUUAUUAGAUAAAAUCAUUAACCAAUUGUUAGGAGAAAAGGAUUUACAUGUAAGCAGAACUCCGCUACCCCCUUCCACUAGGAGAAGACUUGAGAGUCAAAAGGUUGUCAUUGUUUUUGAUGAUGUGGAUGAUCCAAACCAUCUAAAGCUUUUAGCAGGAGAGCGUGAUUUGUACUGCAAUGGUAGUAGAAUCAUUGUAACAAGCAGAGAUAGACAAGUACUUAAAAAUGUUUGUUCUGAGGGAUACAUAUACGAGGUUAAUCAAUUAACUGAUGAUGAAGCUCUUUGUCUCUUUAGCUCGUAUGCCUUCAAACAAAAUCAUCCCAAGAAAGGAUUUGUGGAAAUAUCAAAGAAGUUGAUAACAUAUGCUCAAGGUAUUCCAUUGGCUCUUGUAAUUUUAGGCUCUAAUUUGUAUGAUAAGGGGAUUGAAGAAUGGGAAAGUGAGUUGGAAAAAUUGAAAGAAAUUCCUGAUAUGAAUAUUCAGGCAGUUUUGAGAAUAAGUUAUGAUGGACUAGAACGUCAUCAAAAGAGCAUAUUUCUUGAUAUUGCAUGUUUCCUUAAAGGCGAGCCUAAAGAUCGUGUUGAAAGAAUAUUUGAAGGUUGUGGUUUCUUUCCAAGAAGAGCGAUAAGCCGUUUAAUUGAUAAAGCUCUCAUAAGUGUUUCAAAUGGUAAGGUAGGCAUGCAUGACUUGCUACAACAAAUGGGCAAGGAUGUUGUUUGUGAGGAGUCCAAACAACUUGGGACACGCAGCAGGUUGUGGAAAUAUAAGGAUAUUUGUCAUGUAUUGACAAGAGACAAGGGAACUGAAAAUAUUGAAGGCAUAUUACUUGAUAUGUCUGGAAAUGGAUAUUUGGAGCUAAGUCCCACAGCUUUCAUGAACAUGUGCAAUCUUAGAUUCCUCAAAUUCUUCAAUGUUUCUAUAUCCGGACGAGGACGAGUGCUUCUGCCUAGUGGCCUUGAAUUUCUACCAAAGGAGCUAAGAUAUCUUCAUUGGGAAAGGUACCCUUUGAAAUCCUUGCCAAUAAAUUUUUGCCCGAGAAAUCUUGUAGAACUUCACAUGCCACACAGCAACCUCAUCCAACUCUGGAAUCAAGAGAAGGCUCUUGAAAGUUUGAAAUUUUUAGACCUCAGCUUCUCUUUUGAGUUAACUAAAGUUCCAGACUUGUCUAGUGCCCCGAAUCUUGAGGUUUUACGUUUGAUAGGAUGUAGAAACUUGAUUGAGAUUCCUAGUAGCAUUGGCGAGUCUAAAUGUCUAAAAGAAAUUGAUCUCGGAUACUGCUCAAAACUGCAUAGUAUUCCACGAAGCAUCUGCAAUUUGAAAUCUCUUACACGCAUUGAUAUCUCAGGCUGUUUGAAUGUCAAAGCAUUGCCAGAGAACAUGGGGGAUCUAGAAUUGCUGAAGAAGCUUUCUAUAACUGGAAGUGGAAUAAAAACAUUACCAUCCUCCAUCAAUCAAUUGAGAAGAUUGGAAGAGUUAAGCUGUGCGAGAUGUGAAAAUUUGAUUGAGAUUCCUAGCAGCAUUGGCGAGUCUAAAUGUCUAAAAAAAAUUAAUCUUGGACACUGCUUAAAACUGCAUAGUAUUCCACAAAGCAUCUGCAAUUUGAAAUCUCUUACACACCUUUAUAUCUCAGGCUGUUUGAAUGUCAAAGCAUUGCCAGAGAACAUGGGGGAUCUAGAAUUGCUGAAGAGACUUUCUAUAUCUGGAAGUGGAAUACAAACAUUACCAUCCUCCAUCAAUCAAUUGAGAAGAUUGGAAGAGUUAAGAUGUGCGAGAUGUGAAGGUUUGACAUUGCCUCCUUUGACAGGACUGUCCUGUGUAAGGGAAAUUGAUUUAAGUGACUGUGGUAUAUUAGAAAUUCCCCAGAGUCUUUGGUUUUUAGUGUCAUUGGAAGAGUUACAUUUAGGUGGAAACAAUUUCGAGACGACACCUGCAAGCAUUAAACAUCUAAUUGAGUUGAAGAAGCUUUUUUUAAUAGGUUGCAAGAGACUUAAAUGUUUACCAGAGCUUCCGUCAUGCUUAGAAGAUUUAGAUGCAUCAGAUUGCACAUCUUUGGAAUCUGCAUCAACUUCAUUCCUUUUCUUAAAACAUGAUGAUGAAGGAGAACAAAAACGACUUGAGUUUCGUAAUUGCAUCAAUUUGGAUAAGAACGUACAUGAUAAAGUAAUGGAGGAUGUAUUGAAGACGCAUCUGUUAAAACACAAGAUUGUUGAGUUAUACAUACCGGGGGUUGAAGUGCCUGAAACGAUGAGAUAUAAGAACAAAAGUGGAUCUUCUCUUUCAUUCAGACUAGAUCAGGCAAAUUUGACUGGUUUUUCUUUAUGUGCUGUUUUUGAUCCAAAAAAUUAUUCUCAUGAUCGUAUUAUAGGCUUUAGUUGCGUAGCGAACUUCAUCGAUAAAACUGGACAUAGCAGUGAAAAUAUUUUCACGACCCUGUAUUUUGCAGAUGAUCCUUUUUAUUCAGAACAUGUGUUCCUUUGGAAUACACUGUCCUUAUAUUCAGAACAUCUGUUCCCUUGGAAUAAACUGUUGGACAUGGAAGAGAGUUUCCUUGAAGCUUCCUUUCAAUUCUGCUUUUCCAGGCUCUCAUUCAAGCCACCAUAUUAUGAGUAUCGUGAUUACGAUUCUGUAAUAAUGUGUGGAGUGCAUCCUAUAUUUCGAGAGGAUUGUCUUCCCUGAGAUAAAAAGAGAAGCAGCAUUGAAGAAGAUAAAGAAGAUGAACCUUCUCUUCAAAGAUUGAAAAACAAGACCGAGAACCUUCGCAUUCGCUGGAUAAAUAAUCAGGAACAGGAAGAGGAACUUUGUCUAGAUGCGGACCAUUGAUCAAAGUGGGAUCUACAUGAAAUUUAUUAUAAUCAAUUACUACUAUGAAAUGAUUAUCUAUACAGCGGUUGCAUUGUAAAAAUUCUCAAAUGUAUGGCAAUAGACAAAGCAAUACAAGCCAUUAAUUGCAAACCAAGACAGUGUUGCUUUGCUUUUUGCAU